UAAAGAUCCUAAGAAACAAAAUUUUUAUGAGAAAACGUUAGCCGAUUAUAUCAGAAGUUUCAAAUUUGUUUUUGAUUUUCGUGAGUUGGCUAGUAGCGGAAAAGACGCUUUAUACUUAGAUAGAGGAAUGAUUAGGAAAGAAAGUGAUUAUUUUGAAGAUAAACCGGCUAAAUCAAUCGACUUUUGUUGA